CUGAACACACGCACUGGGACGUUUCCUCCUCUUAUACUGGGAAUCUACAGAGAACAAACUGGUCUUUACUACCUUUGAAAGAAGAAGACACUGCUUUCAUUUUCCUCUGCUUCUCACUUUUGGACAUUUUUUGGUUUAUUGUUUCCAAAGUGGAAUAAAAACCGUUUUGGAGAGAAAGAUGCUUCAAACGGACUGAGAGGCUUCCCCGUCCUCUCCGGGACAUUUAAGGACGUCCAGGUGUGUUUUUUCUGUCUUUCUGAGUGGAGAUGGUUCACGCCUGCAUGGAUUAUAUCUGAACAUCACCUGCUAAACACUUCGGACUAAGAUUGACGCACGGCUCCGGAGCGCAGCGCCCUCUCUCCAAUGAAAUAUCUCCCCGCUGUGGAUCGACAGAGCACGCGCAUCGAGCUGAGUGAGACCCCUGACGGUACGAAGUCUCGUCCUGGUGCUGUGGUCCAGUUGUUGACCCCUCUGGACCCUCUUCGGCAGGCAAAGCGGCUUCCUAUCCGAGUUCUCAAGAUGUUGACUGCGCACACUGGACACUUGCUGCACCCGGAAUAUUUACAGCCUUUGACGUCCGCACCAGUCAGCAUCGAGCUGGAUGCCAAGAAGAGUCCCCUGGCCCUGCUGGCUCAGACCUGCUCCCAGAUCGGUAAACCAGACCCUCCGUCCUCCUCUAAGCUCGGCUCCUCCUGCAGCCAGACAGACAAGGAGCCCGGCAGUCGCUCGUCCAGCCUGAAGCACAGCGAGCACCGCCUCUCUCUGGAUGAUAAAUGCAGCUUCAAGCCGUACAACAAAGGCAGCGGAGAGUGUCGCAGGGAUGGAGUCACCACCAGCAGCAGCUCUAACAGCAGCAGCAGUGAUAAAGUCGGGUUUAGGGUGCCAAGCAAUAAUUCUAGCACUAAUGGGAAUCCAACUCCGGGCCAGCAGUCCUACCCGCCACAUGCUGCCUCACCCAGCUCCAGAGCAGGCAGCAGCACCCCUCCUGGACAGUCUCAGCCUCACAAACAGAGCCAGUCUCCAGGUGGACAGCAGACGCCACACUCCCAAACGACAAACGGAGACUCUGCACAUGAGCAAGGCAGUCCAACCAGCACGGGCAGCAAUAACAACGCCCUAAAGAAAGAUGUGGAUACCAGCAAGAGGAACUCAGACAGUCCACAUGAAGCAAACUCCAGCCACGCUCGAGCCAGCACCAACUGCAGCAACAGCAGCUCUGACGGAGGCUCUAACCACGAGGGAGGGAAAGCAGAUUCUUCCCAGCCUAGCCUCGGUCCUGGUCGAAUCACACCCAUUUCUCCCUAUAAGACAACGCAGCCUCUUUUCCCUCUGCCGUCCUCAAAUUUGGGCUAUCAUGGAUCUGUAGUUGGAGCAUACGCAGGCUACCCGUCUCAGUUUGUACCCGGGCUGGAUCCAACAAAGCCCAGCCUCAGCGUCGGAAGCCUGGGAGUCCCUGGAAAGCACCCGAGCUCCAGCCCCCUCACGGGCGCCUCCCCUCCAUCCUUCAUGCAGGGUUUGUGCAGGGACCCCUACUGUCUAAGCUACCCCAGUGUGUCCCACCUGGGCGGAAGCAACUGCAACUCCUGCAUCCACGACCCGUCUUCAACCCUCAAAUCAAACUUCCCCUUGGUGUACCCCUCCCACCCUCUUCACUCCCUCCACCAAAGCUCCAGCGUCUCCUCCUCGCUCUCCCACCCACUCUACACAUACGGCUUCAUGCUCCCAAACGACCCCCUUCCUCACGCCUGUAACUGGGUCUCGGCCGCGGGGCCGUGUGACAAACGUUUUGCCACGUCAGAUGAGCUCCUGGCUCACCUCCGCACGCACACGGCCCUGCCUGUGGGCAUGGACAGUAAGCUGCUCUCUGUCUCCUCCUCUGGACCCGCCUCCUGCCACCUCCACCUCCCUCAUCAGAGCAGCCCCGGCUCCAUGCCCAGCUCCCUCUCCCUCAGGGCUCCCCCGAGCCUGGGAUUAGCACGCUAUCACCCCUACAGUAAAGUCCACCUGCCCCCUGGACCCUCCUCUAUCUCCCUACACUCUCUCCCCACCACAGGCCCAUAUUACCCUCAUUACGCCCUCUACAGUCAAAGACUUGGAUCUGCAUCUGCCUUGGGAUACCAAUGAUUUACCAUCUACUUAUGAUUUUAAUGGACUGGUUUGACAUUUUUGGAAAUAAGCAUGUUUUCUGUUUCUUGGAGAGAUAGACGAGUUGAUUGAUACCUCACACUUAUAUUUUUAUCUCAAAAAUAUAAUUCAAGCCAGCAGCUAGUUAGCGUAGCUUAGCAUAAAUACUAGAAACAGCUAUCCUGAAUCCAGAAAGCUAAAGUAAUCUGAAAAUCUGCACUUUUAGUUGUCUUAAAUUGACAUGGCUGAACCUUUUUUUAUACUGUGAAUAAUAAUCGUAAAAGCAUAAUUUACAGUUUUAAAUUGGCAAACAAGACUGUGCUACUAGCCAAAGUAAACAAAUCUAACAUAACCCAAGAAAAAAACAAAAAUAGCUGUUUUUAGGACUAACUGUAAAAAUGUAAGACAUAGAUAAAGCCAAAGUAGGUUCAUAAACUCAAUAUUUAGGCUUAAGUUUUUUUAAGGCCAAUAACAUCUAUAUUUAAGCUAUGUUAAUUUUAUUUAUUUUUUUGUUUUUUUUUUAGCAUUAGCAUUAAUUAAAGUGUCUAAAUGGAGCUAUAAUUUUCAAAUAAGCUUUAAAAUGUAUUCAAUAGUAUUUGAAGUGAGUGAUUGAGCCUAUAAAGUUUGAAGACAAGUAUUUUUUGAGUUAUGCUAACUCUGACGUCGCCCCCUGCUGGCCUGGAGGUCAAAGUAUAUGCUUUACCUUUAAAUUAAGCAGCUAAAACGACCUCUCAUGCAUAGUUUGGUGUAUUUAAAAAGUGUUGGAGCUUUAAAACAUAUCUUACAGGGUUUUUUGGCAGAUUUUUGCACUGUUAAGAUUUAAUUUGUGGAUUUUGUAUGGCUUGAUUGAGGAAAAAGGUGCAAAUGGCAUGCUGUGCUCCAAUGUCGGCACUUUUAAACAAAGCUAGGCUAGCUGUUUGUUGAAGAGUAUGUGCUAAGCUAAGCUAACUGUGGUAUCAUUCUGCAUUUGACUUACCCGUCCAGAAAGCCUUCUUUUCAAACAUGUCAAACCUUUCCUUUUAAGUUUGGACUUAAUUUUGGCAAAUUGCUGCUUCCACUUGACAUAAGACUGGAUUCUAGUGGAAACAAAGAUCAAAGUGCAAGUCCUGGAUUUUGACUUGAGUGCAUCUUCACCCUUUCUUUCUUACAUAUGAGAUUUUUCUAAUCAGGCUCCACUCCUAAAGAUCAGAGGACUCGCCAUGUGGCUCUUGCAUGUCUGCACAUUGUUGGGAUACUUCUGCUACAGACGUGACUGCCCAUUGGAGACUUGUGCCGCCCUGUGGGCUCGACAAAUUGACGGUUGGACGCCGUGUAACAGCACUUGGAUGUUCAGGGUUCUCGCUGCAAAUGAUGAUGAUUUAGUGCAGAAAAAUGCAGUGUGGCGGCAGCAGUGAGAAGCUGCAGCCGUGGACCGAUGUAAGCCCGGCCACAAGAGAUGCAUGUAAGCUUGACACACCUGUUUAUUCAGCCCCAUGGUUUGUGAUGAUUUGUUUCAGCUCCUUAUGUUUUUGUUUAUUCCUACUGAGAAGUUGUAUUUAUUUUUCAUGGGGAUUCUGGCUUUCUUUCAUGUUUACCACAUAAAUCUUCGCUCAUUUUUAAACCCUCGGAGGAGUCAAGCUGGAUGACAGAUGCUGAACAUGUUGUCUUAACACUUCUUUGAGAAUGAAUGUUGAAAUCACAUCUCUAUCUAUGAACUCUUCUGCUUUUUGAGUUUUUAUUUCUGCAGCAAAUUAAUGAAAAAGGAGAUGUGGUAUUUUAUAUGUAAAAAUGGAACACCUCAUGGUGGUGUCCCGUGAAAGGGGAGGGCAUAUUUUGCUAAAUAAAUCACAUUGAGGAUGUAUUUUCUGUUGUCAUCAUUUCAGUGGGUCAUAUGAUAUAAAAGCUGUGUGCUGUAUUUCUUCUAUGAACACGUGGCAAGCUUACAAUGGAGGAAAACCUGUUGCGGGAUUUCAGUGGCUCUAAAAUGCCUGCACACCCCUGUUAAAAUACUACAUUUGUGGUUUCGAAGCCAAAAAGAGGCCAAGACGUACCAUGUCAGACCCCCAGUAAAGCCUAGUUGGGGAAGCAUCAUGCUUCCGGGCUGCUAUUCUUCAGUAAGUCAGUCAGGUGUGGCACAAAACCUUCAGGUAUCUGCAAGAAAGCUGAAGAUGAAGAGGAACUGAAGCUUGUAUUGCAAGACAGACUCAUAGCAUGCAUCCAAAUCUACUAAAGAGUGACUUCACCAGAGCGAAAUAACAUUUUUGUGCCCGCCCAGCCAGGGCCCAGACCUGAAUCCUGCAGGAAAGUCACUGAGUUGAGGGUUAUAUAGGAAAAGUUCCUCAUUAUCUGGCUAAUUUUAAUCACUUUUGAGAGGAAGAGUGACAGAUUUUUGCCACACUGAGCUAGGUAAUCUGCUAGACUCCUGAGCAAAAACUCUGCAUGUUUUAAUAAAAUCAAAAAGUGGAAAACGUUCUGAAACGGCAUAUCUCAGUCUGACGUUUUUACACUAAGAAUGUGGCAUUUUAACAAGGCUGUGUGACCCUUUAGAGCCACCGUAUGCACAGGAAUAACAUUUAUAAAAAGAGAUUUAAACUGUGAAAGAAAGUUGUAAUUUUCAUCCGUGGUUAAAUGUUUUAUUUUG